AUGCCAAGGCAAUCAGCGGAUGAAGACAGUAGACCGAUUGGUUUAAAAUUAGCUCGAAACAAUUUUUUCAGCUUUCCAAAAAAAGAAAACUCAGUAUUUAAACGAAGUUCAGUAAAGGAAGAAAAUCGGCAAUCGACCACUUCUACGACAUCACCUACCUUACCUGCUCGUUCACCCUUUCGAAUAAGAGACUCUCAAGCUUCUCGUAAAAGCGCACAAGAAGUCAAAAGGGUCACACACACUGAAGAACCUUAUUCUUCUCUAUCUUCCUCUACUUCUUCUAUUACAACACUAGAUGAUGAUCUCAGCCAGGAGCUUGAAAAUAUUUGGAAGAUAAAGUCACCAAAGCAUCAUCAGAUAAAAUCGGAUGUUCAGCAUCAAGAUCUAUUUUUGCAGUUAUUGGUGUCUCAGGCAAUGAUUGAUGCUCAAGAUUAUCAAAUACUUUCAUUUGAAAAACUAGAAUCACUAAAAGAGCGCCAUGAUAAACUAAAAGUUCAAGUACGAAAUUCGGUAUCAAAACUUGAAUUAGAUAAGAAAAUACAAGAAACAUCUCAUUCUCUCUCUCAACUCGCAUCGAACCGUCAAUCAGUACUGAUAUCUCGCGAUGAAGCCAUGGCAGCUGACCGCAAAGUGGCUGAACUGUCUAAACAGUUAAAGGAUCUAAAAGUUGAAGAGAGUGAAACUCAGUACAGGAUACUGGAACAUACCGCGGGCGUCCUUCGACUCGGCCUGCAGCAAUUUGAAAAGAAGAAAGCCAGUUACCCAAGUAGACCGAUAUCAGAGAUCAAAUCAGACAUUGAGCAGAUCACAAAUACCCUCUUGACCAUUUUGAAAAAACACAACAUUCAGCAGCCGUCAAGAACAGAUACCCUUGGCUUACUCCACUGCCUUGAGCAGCAUAUGGAGCGUUACCAGUCGCAAACCAAGGAGAUUCAGUCAAGACUGAUCUCGAUGGAAGAGGAACUAGGGGAAAAAGAGACAUCAGAAAAAAGACAACUUCAAAAUGAAUAUAUUGAAGUGGCCAGACUAAAGGCGCUCGUUGCCGGCAUGGAGAUCCAGUUUAGCAAGAUUCAGGCACAGACGGCUGCGUUUGAACAACGAGAACAGGAUCUCAAAAAAGAAAUCGAGCAGUACCGUGAGCAGGUCCUCACGCUACGAAAUGAAAAGGAGCGUUUGGAAAGAACGGUCAAACGACAGACAAUUGUUCUUGACACAGAAGCCAAGUUUGAGCAACAGCUAGAAGAACAGGAACAAGAGUAUCAGGCCCAGUUAAAGGAGCAGGCUGCUUUACUGGACAAGACAGCACGUGAAUGUGAAAGGAUAAAGGAAGAACACGACAAACUGGCUGCUACCUGUCAAGACCUCGAAUGGCUCGUCGAAGGCAAGUCGAAAGGACUGGAUGAUCGUGACGUCCAGAUUAGUCGACUGGAGGCCGAACUGAGACAAGGCAACAUGGGCCAGAUUCAGUCAGAGUUCGCUCUCAGGGAAGCGGCAUGGAUCGAGCAAAGUGCUGCAAUGGAAGCUAACUUUGAAGGCAUUCUUAAAGAAUUUGACCGUCUGACGGGUACAGCGAUGGAAUUCGAGAAUGACAAGGCCAACUAUGAGAGGCGUAUCGAGAUGCUGACUCAGGAAGUCAAGCAGCUGGAAGCUAGUCUUCAAGAGGAAAAAACAAAGAAUUUAGGUUUUGAUAAAGUCACUGAUACACCCACGACCGCUUCAUUGCGUAAGGAGUUUAGAAAGAUGAUAAAUGACAUGCAACUAGAGCAUCAGCGUGCACUAGAAAAGGAAGCAGAGGAGAAGAAGCAGCUAGAGAAGCAAUUAAAGGAUUUGAAGCAUGAAAGAGAAAUGGCUAGAUACGAGCGUAUAAAUAAAGGUGUGCAAACCCCUCUUUUCAUCUCUUAA